AGCAACGACGACCAUCCAUAGUCUGGGCGAUGACCUGAGCCUACAUCGAAAACACGCUGUCAACGUCGGCAAACCGAUCUCGAUUUCGACUCUCAUGCACAGUGGACGAGCUCAAGUUCUGUGCUACCCUGACAUUUACUACGGUCGCUCUCUGCUUUCUGCCCUGCAUGUGGAGUUGAAGUUGCGCGCUAUAGAACCUGUCGCAGAUCGCGCACAUACCAGUCGUAUACAAAAUCGACACUCUCUCGACCUUUCAUCUACCGUGGCGCCUUUGCUACGAAGGGCACAUGGCUGCCAUUAACCACGCGUCCUCGCCGGCACCCAACGGCUUGCCCAAUGCAAGUCCCGCGCGCGGUACUGCGCAGCCACUACCUCACAUUGAUGAUGUAACCGCAGCGCCUCGCGACAUUGACGGGAGCCAGAGCAUCAAGAAGCUUUUGGAACAAUGCGAGUCCUCCCUGAAGACUGCUGAGUUGAUGCGCGAGUUCAACAAGGAUGUGCAGGCACUCCAAGGAUACUUGCGCUCGUACAUCAUUGCGGUCCAAACGAUCGAGGGGCACCGUGAUUACCCCGAAAUUCAACACAACCAGAGCAGCCAGCUGCACAAAAAGCAUAUAGCCCUUUUGCAGCAAAUCAAAAGCCUGUGGCCUCAGUACGAUGGCAUCAAGAAGAAAAUCAUCGAGAACAACCGUAUCACGGGAGUUCAGCGAUCUGUGCCCCGGCCUAGCUCAGCCUCUUCCUCUCACAGCAACGGUUCUGUCAAACCUUCGAAUCAACAGCUGGAUGGUGUUGCUCCGGUGCCGGCAAGAAAACCAGAGGUGCGCCCAAAGCCUCAGGCCCUACAUGGCAAUGCUUUAAAGAGCAAUCAUGCGCGUGCAUCUUCAGCGAGCAGCGAUUUAUUAGCCGCUCGGUUUGCGAAAUUACAAGGCCCGGCAGCUUCACCAGGGCAGGAUCCACGAAUCAAGACGCACGCGUUCGCACACCCUCUCAAGCCCGUCGGCCCACGAGAGAUGCCGCCAGGACAACUGAAAAGGCCCAACAUUGGCAUCGACAGCUCGGUCCCCUCUCUUCCUCAGAUGCCCAAUGCUAUUUACAGUCCUGUACGCGGCAAUAUGUCAGAAGAGUCGGUCCGCAUGCCGAGCAGCACGCCCCGAGGGUUCAGUCGGACGGGCUCCAGUACAUCGGUAUCCUGCAGUCCAAGUGCAUCAUCCCUGCCACCCAGCAAAGACUACUUUACACCCGUAUACUCAAACUCGAUCACUUCAGAGCCUGCGGCGCCGACCAAUGGCGUAUUCAAGGAAUCUUCUGCAGCUUCGUCCCCUCGGCACUCUGUGGACCUAGCGAAGCGUACGAUAGACGCCGAGGAGCUUUUCAAGGCCAUGAAGAGCAAAAACAUUCUCAUCAUUGACAUUCGCUCCCGGGAACAGUUCGAUGACAGCCACAUUAUGUCCAGGUCCAUCAUCUGCAUCGAGCCGGACAUCUUGACGAGGCCGGACUUGAAUGCGGACGACAUUGCCGAGAGCCUGGUCCUAUCGCCAGGGCAAGACCAAACCUUGUUUGAGAGAAGGGAUGAGUUUGACCUUGUCGUCUUCUAUGAUGAUACAUCGAAAGGAUAUCCAGUGGUGGCGCGAACAGCAGACGAGAUUGCUAUCAUGUCUUUGCACCGGGCAUUGGUUCAUCUCAGCUAUGCCCGUGAACUCAAGCAAACUCCCUUGCUCUUGAAGGGUGGCCUCGAAGCCUGGGCCGAUCUUCUGGGCCCGCGAGGGCUGGAUUCGACGAGUGAUUCUAGCACAAAUGCUGCUAGCCUGCGCAUCAACCGCACAAAGUCAAAGUACAGAGCGCGACCCAUGGCUCCAGACGACGUAAGGGCAUGGCAAGAAAAGCUGAGAACCGAAGAAUUGGAGAAGGCUGCUUCAACCGAGCACUACAGGACUACAGAAGAUUUCUUGCGCAGGUUCCCAGACGUGAGCAGGGAACCAGAGGACAUGUCGUCCGCUGCCGUUCCCGAGUUACCACGCCAGCCGGCAGGACCGCCGAGGCCUGUAAAGCCUCUCGAGUACCAGCCAGGCAGGCAUGCUGUCGAGGGCCUACCCGCUCCUCUCACGCAACCGAAGCCAGCUGUGUCACGGCCAAACCACAGCGGUAACGCCAUAAGCUCAGACCCGCACGAUGGCGUUUCCAACAGAGAUGCGGGCGCCCAAGUAGCGUCAGCACGGUCAACUAAACCGUUCGAUCAGAUGACCACGAAGAAGGAAAGGGUAUAUACCGGCCUGAACAACCCGCACAACUGGUGUUACGCGAACAGUGUCCUCCAGUCGCUGAUUGUCUCGAGCAUUGGCAGAGAACUGCUGUAUACUGAUUGGGCACAAACAUACAAAGUACCACGGAAGAAGGGAGAGCAGUCGGAUCAGGCUCAACUGAUGACACAGAUUCUGUCAACUUUGUUUCAUUGGAUGGAGACAGGUAACUUCGAAGUGAUGAAGGCUUCAACUUUGAUGAACUACACGCGAUCUAUUACGACGCACGACAAGAGCAAAGAAGUGCUCGGUGACUCACACCAGCACGACGCCCAUGAAUUCAUGAGCUUCGUCUUGGAUGAACUAGACAGAGAAACCAACAGGCAAAGACACAUACUUGCCUUUGACUUGGACAAACCCCUCGAUAUGCGCAACAAGUCAGUCCUCGACGGUGCGCUGGAGUACUGGUCGAAAUACUGCGACUCCUCGCGGUCCAUCAGUGAUCAACAUUGUGGGCUUAUGGAAGUCCAGUCGGUAUGCUGUCAAACGUGCAAGACCACGACUUACAGAUGGGGGGUCAUCAAGCAGCUCGUCCUGUACCUCAGUGAGCGUGACGCGCAAGACCGCGAGCUCACGCUACAGAAGUUGAUCCGCCGUUACACUGCUCCAGAGGAAUUGACGGGUUUCCACUGCGACGCAUGCCGGGCGGGAGACAGGACAGCGACGAUCCAGCGGGCCUUCCCCCGCAUGCCGGCGUUGCUGCUCGUCACGAUUCAGAGAUAUGGUAUUUCUCGCCAGAGCAAGAUCAUGGCCGAGGUAACAUGGGAUCUUGACACGCUGGACAUGGCACCUUUCCACCCCCGGCCGAAUGCAGUCCCUGACAAGAUGCGAACUGACGACAAGGCGUUCAUUGGACCCUUCAAGUACGAAUGCGUAGCCGUCGUGGAGCACUACGGUGAUACGACCAACUCGGGCCACUACACGGCAUAUGUGCGCGACCCGCGCACCCACGGGUCUGCGUGGCUGUAUUGCGACGAUGCUAGGAUCACCAAGGCCAACUUGCAGGGCCACCAUGCGAAUAAGGUUUUUAGAGAUGGCUCUCGUACUCCGUACGUGGCAUUGUUUAGGAUGAAGAGCGGAUCUUGAAGUGUCGAUCAGGCGUGAGCGCUUCGUUGCGGAUUUGGACAG